CAAGAUCGACACUUCACAGGUUGGGAGAAGCAAAAAUUUAGAGAGAUCCCAAUAACACCUAUAAGUACCCCUCUACUCCACUGAGCCCUAUGGCCCUGGAUACCAAGCAUUGGAACACCUAAAUGGAUCUAUACCUCACUGUAAUCCACUGAUAUCUUGGAAGACCCUGAAAAAUUAAACAUUUUUAUGACACCCUCUAUUAACUGAUUGGGAACCACAAGAGCAGCGAUGUUUAAAAAUCGCAAAAUAAUGAGUCGAAUGCUAAUUAAGCCCGCCGCCGCCACAGUCACGGCCGCUCUGCAGCAGCAGCAGCAGCGCCAGCAGCAGCAGUGCGUCAUUCGCCGCUGGAAAUCGUUCCUGCAGAGCAACAAUGCCGCUCGCCGUGCGGCGAAAUCGACAACGACGACGACGAUGACGACGUCGACGGCGGCAGCAGCAGCGACGUCGCAGCGUCACGGAAAAGGCGGCGAUUUCAUUCAACCGUUAGACGUCCGCCGUUCGUUCUCAACCAGCCACAAAAUGCCGUCGUCGUCGAAAGCGCUGCAGAUAAACAACAUCAACCCGAACUUCAUAGCCAUGGAGUACGCGGUGCGCGGUCCUCUGGUGAUUCGCGCCGGCGAGAUCGAGAAGGAGCUGGCCAAGGGCGUCAAGAAGCCGUUCGACCAGGUGAUCCGGGCCAAUAUUGGCGAUUGCCAUGCCAUGGGCCAGCCGCCCCUGACCUUCCUGCGACAGCUGAUGGCGCUGACCUUCGAGACGCGGCUGCUGGACUCGCCCGACUACCCCGAGGACGUGAAGAAGCGCGCCUGUGCCAUCCUGGACGGCUGCCAGGGCCAGUCGGUGGGCUCCUACACGGACUCCGCCGGCCUGGAGGUGGUGCGCCGCCAGGUGGCCCAGUACAUCGAGCGGCGGGACGGGGGCAUCGCCAGCGACUGGCAGAACAUCUAUCUCACCGCCGGCGCCUCGCCCGGCAUCAAGAGCAUUCUGGCCAUGAUCAACUCCGUGGUGGACGGCAAGCCGCCCGGUGUCAUGGUGCCCAUUCCGCAGUACCCACUCUACUCGGCCACCAUCUCCGAGUACGGCAUGACCAAGGUGGACUACUACUUGGAGGAGGAGACCGGCUGGAGUCUGGGCAGGAAGGAGUUGCAGCGCUCCUUCGACGCCGCCAAGAAGACGUGCAACCCGCGCGCCCUGGUCGUCAUCAAUCCGGGCAAUCCCACCGGCCAGGUGCUGACCCGCGAGAACAUCGAGGAGAUCAUCAAGUUCGCGCACGACAACAAGGUGCUGCUGCUGGCCGACGAGGUGUACCAGGACAAUGUGUACGACAAGAACUCCAAGUUCUGGUCGUUCAAGAAGGUGGCCUACGAGAUGGGCGAGCCCUACCGCAGCCAGGAGCUGGUCAGCUUCCUGUCCACGUCGAAGGGCUACCUGGGCGAGUGCGGCAUUCGCGGUGGCUACAUGGAGGUGCUCAACCUGGACCCCAAGGUCAAGGCCAUGCUGACCAAGUCGAUCACGGCGGCGCUGUGCAGCACCACCGCCGGCCAGGUGGCCGUCAGUGCCCUGGUCAACCCGCCGCAGCCGGGUGAGCCCUCCUACGAGCUGUUCAAGAAGGAGCGCGACGCCAUCCUGGCGGCCCUGAAGGAGCGCGCCGAACUGGUGCACAAGACGCUCAGCAGCUUCGAGGGCUACAAGGUGAACCCCGUGCAGGGCGCCAUGUACGUCUUUCCCCAGAUCGAGAUCCCGCCCAAGGCCGUCGAGGCCGCCAAGGCCAAGGGCAUGGCCCCCGACGUGUUCUACGCAUUUGAGCUGCUCGAGACGAGCGGCAUCUGCAUUGUUCCUGGCAGCGGAUUCGGCCAGCAGCCCGGCACCUGGCACUUCCGCAGCACCAUCCUGCCGCAGACGGACAAGCUGAAGCUGAUGAUGGAGAAGUUCCGCGUGUUCCACGCCGAGUUCAUGAAGAAGUACAAGUAGACGCGGCCUCCAGCCCCGCCACGCCCCCGUCCCCCGCCAUCCCUGUGUUAAAAGUGUCGAUCCUCCAGCUUAGGAUUAAAGUACGAAAUACCAUACUUGUUUUUUUUUCUCCUUGUUACUGUGUCAUAACGAAACGCCGCUAUACUCUUCUUUAUAUAUUAAAUAUAUAUGAAAAUUCGACGUCCCCCUGAUUUGUGCACCCAGUUAGCAAGUAACCCACUUACCCCUGCGAGCUCUUGAUUCGUUUUUGAAUUGAUUCUCCCGGCGGGGAAGAGACAAUAAUUUUUGUUGGAGCCAAGAGUCGUUUACCACUCGCUGGUCGGCGCCAAAUUGAAGAUUCUGAUAUUGUUCUAGACGAAUGUUGUUUGCCUUGUGUGCACUUUGCAUAUUUAUCCGCGUAUAUAUAGCCCUGCAUGUGCUUAUCCCAAUACCGAAUCGAUCCCCAGAACAUGCGAUGUGUGUGCGUUCAAGUCAUUACUAAUUGUUAUGGAAAGAAACAAAAAAUAGCAAAAUAAAUAUUAUUGUUAAACGAG